AUGGCAUCUGCCGUGAAUCGAAUAUUCAAAGGUCGCAAAACAUCAUACAGGUUGCUCGAAGUUCUGAAGGAGCCUUCAGCCUACAAAGCUGCCAUCAUACCAUCCUCGUUGCUAGCGUUCAGUCGGAUCCUCGUGCUCGCUGCUAAGCCCUAUUGUAGUCAAGGACGAACGAUGGGUCGCACCGAGUUUGAGCGGCGGGUCGAUUACCUCCGGGGAUCGCCGACGAAGAGGAAGGAGGAGGAUGAGGGGAAAAAAGAGGAUGAAGUGUGUGCACGACACAGGGAAGAUGAGGACGUUUAUAUAGUCGCGGCGGGCGAUGCGAGGUGA